AUGGCGCCGUCCAACGCGGCGGCGGCGGCGGCGUGGACGGCGGCGGCAGUGAUGUCGCUCGACCGCGCCCGCCGCUGCCCCGGCCUCCUCCGCCUUCUCGCGCCGCCUCCGGAUGCCGGCGCGCCCGGCUCGCGGGAUGCGUCUGCGGGGCCGCGGCGGGGCGGUGCUCUGGAGAAGGUCGUGCUGCAGCCCAUCCGGGAGAUCUCCGGCGCCGUGCAGCUGCCCGGCUCCAAGUCGCUCUCCAACCGGAUCCUUCUCCUCUCCGCCUUGUCCGAGCGAGGAUGUAGGCCCGAGGCCCUGGACGCGCUUGGGCUCUCAGUGGAAGCAGACAAAGUUGCAAAAAGAGCUGUAGUCGUCGGCUGUAGCGGCAGGUUCCCGAUUGAAAAGGAUGCCAAGGAGGAAGUAAAGCUCUUCUUGGGCAACGCUGGAACUGCAAUGCGGCCAUUGACGGCAGCUGUAGUAGCUGCUGGUGGAAAUGCGACUUAUGUUUUUGAUGGAGUACCAAGAAUGAUGGAGCGUCCUAUCGGUGACUUAGGUGUCGGUUUGAAACAACUAGGUGCGAGUGUUGAUUGUUUCCUCGGCACUGACUGCCCACCUGUUCGUAUCAACGGCAUUGGUGGGCUACCUGGUGGCAAGGUUAAGCUGUCACAUGGCUGCGCCGGCUACCGCUGCCCGCAGGAGCCCUGGCCGGCGGGGAAAUCGAGUAGGAGAAGAGCUCACUCAUGCCGUCCGCCGACGCGCGCCAGCGACAGCAUGGCGUCCCCAUGGCCCCGCCGCCUCGUGACCCAGCCUUGGUGA